AUGAGUAAUGAAUGGCUCACUUUGGGGCUAGACAAAAAAUGUGAAGGAAUAUGCGGGUGCUCAGCCAGUAAUACCGGAAAUUUUACUACCGAAAAAGGGAAUAAUCCAAAUGCUGUUGGAUUUGUUGCGCUUACUCAUUCCCUCAAACAAGGGGGUAGAUUUACUCUUAAGAGAGAAUUAGAUGGAGGUGAGCAACUAGGUGAGGAUCAAGAUAAUAUACCGGAUGUUGAGAAAGUUUUUGUCUAUUACUGUGACAAGGGCUAUGAGAGUAGCAAUGCAAAACCCCUACUUAUUGAGGUUAAGGACGGUGGAAAUAUGUCAACAUACUACCUGAGAUAUGAGAAUGGUGAAGUAGAAGGACAUGCUAAUGAAAAGGUCUGGAAAAAGCACGCUGGAGGAGGAAGAUCUUUACAAGAUUUGUUGAAUGAAAGAAAUUUAGUUAGGAAUAACCGCUAUGCUCUUUAUCUUGAUAAUCCUAAGAAGACUCUUGGUUUGGAUUCAAGUUUUGCAAAGAAGAUAAAAGUACAAUCUGUUACUGAUCAAAAAAUUCCGCUUCCUGGUACUAACUAUAAUGUUAAAGGGUAUAAACUCAAUGGUCAAGAUAAUGGUAAAGGAAACACUAGGUUUUCUAUGGCAAUCUUUGACAAGAAAAAGACCGACAUUAAGAUUCCUGACAAGGCAACUGAAGUGCCCAUUGCGGUCUUAUUUAAAGUAGAUGGCAAUAAAUCCAGAUUGUUCUACAGUAAAAAUAAAAAUGGUACUGAAUGGGGAGAACAUGGUUCUGGCAAUACACCCUAUGAUAAUUAUGACAGCCAACUCACAGAGACAUUUAUCAAGCAGCUAGAUGAAUUUUCUUGUGAACAUCACAAGGGUGUUACUAUUGAUUUAUCCUUUUCUAGAAAUGGAUCUUACUGUUGCGACAAGCAUGCAGACAAGAAAAAAGGCACCGGUGGUAUGGUCACUGUUCAGGAUAUACAAGUUUCCUGUAAUGAACCUGGUCACACCUCAAGUCGUAUUCCAUAUCACAAACACUCUAUUUCUGGUCGUGAUUAUAAACUCGCUGGUAUAAGGUAUGAGAGUGGUGGAACUGGGAAAAGUAUAACUUUAGAUGGACAAUUUCCCAUUCCUGGUGUAGAUAGCGUCUCUGCAUUUUACUGCGGAAAUAACCCUGUGUUAAUAUACGUCGAAGGAAAUGGUCAAGUUAAAGGUGUUACUGAAAAAACUGAAAGACUACGAUCUCCUGGAGCCGGAAUCCCUGAGAAAAAUGUUAAGGAAGAAAAGGGUGACCAAGAUGUUUCAGAACCUGACGUUAAAUCCGAAGAACAAGAUACUGAUGAAAGUGGUGGUCUAUCAUCUCAGGGUAAAGAUGGUUCACCUAGUGUUAGUAAAGCUAAAGGCCCUGAAGUAGAUCUAAAACCUCAAGAAGACUCUGAACAAAGACAACCUGUUGAUUUACCUUCUGUACGAGGUUAUCAACAUACUACUGGUUCAUUUGGCAAAUCUACUAAUCAAGUUGGAGGUACUCAACCUGGAGAUGUUAGAGCUGAAGGAGAAUCUGGUGAUACUGGUGCUCAAACUCAAGAUACUGCUGCUAAAGAUACUCAUCCUACUAAAGAAGCUGAUUCUGGUACUGAAGGAUCUCCUCAACCUCUUAUUGGAACCACUGUUGCUACUGUUGGUCUAGGAUCAUGGGCUAUCUUUGGAGCAUCCUCUGGCACUCUUACUGAAGCUAUUCCUACUCUUAAAGCUGCUUCUGAAAAAGCUCUUACAGAUCCUCUAAAAUCUGAACCUGUUAUUUCUACCGACACUGAACAUUCUAAAGAGCCCCUAAAACAUCAAGUUCCUGACACCGUCUGA